CUGAGAAAUCGUAGCCGAUAAGUCGCCGUAUCCGUUUCGUCUCGUGCGUGUGUGAAAAAUAAACUUCUCCAACUUUUGUGCAAGCAAAUAAAUUUGAUUUAUUUUCCUUGAAAAUGGCAGCUAAUACAAUUCUUUUCGACUUCUCCGUUGACCCUGCUAAGACCAAAGAUCCCAACGAGCGUCAAGAGAUCUCGAAGAUAAUCCGAUCCGAAUUGGAACACAUCUUCCCGCAGCUAGAGUUUGUCCACCACAUGCCGACCGACGAUGGAUACUUCUGUGUGCUCUCGGAAAAUAUGCAGACCAUAAUAACUUACCGCAUUUUUAGCCAGGGAUUGAUUACCAUCAAUGUGGAGUAUUAUUUGGAAGAGGGCAAGGAGCAACUAUUGUCGUUUGAUACCAUCAGAGCUAUGGAACUUAUUUUACGAAAAAAACUAGAUUCAAUGCGUUCGAAGUAUUUACCGCCGGUUAAGCGUGGUGGAUAUAUUGAUAUUUACAUGACUAGUUCAGAUGAGCGCAUCAUCGAGUAUGAUAUUGAUUCAUUGGUGUACGAGGCACGUUCGCCAUUCCAAAAAAUUCAAAUACUGCACUCAAAGACCUUGGGCAACAUGUUGAUAUUGGAUGAGUUGCAAAAUAUUGCCGAAUCGGAUUUAAUCUAUACCGAAACUCUGAUGUGUCGUGGUACUGAAAACUACGAAGGCAAAGAAAUUUGCAUCUUAGGCGGUGGCGAUGGCGCCCUUCUCUACGAACUGCUCAAAGAAAAUCCCAAACAUGUUGUCAUGUUGGAAAUUGACGAACUUGUCAUGCAGGCAUGCAACAAGUAUCUCAAUUCGAUUUGUGGUGAUGUUUUGGAGAAGCGAAAGGGCGAUAACUAUGAAAUUGUUGUAGGUGAUUGUGUUGACUACAUGAAGCGUUUCAUCGCCGAGGAUAAGAAAUUCGAUUAUGUUUUUGGUGAUCUCACAGACAUUCCAAUAUCGGAUACCCCAAUUGGUGAAUGCUGGGAUUUCAUACGCACCAUUCUCGAACACUCGUUCAAGAUACUCAAACCAGAUGGAAAGUAUCUGACACAUGGCAAUGGCACCAGUUGCUUGGAAUCACUAAAACUCUUCGAAGAUCAGUUGAAGCUACUUAAACCAGCUGUAAAAUAUACAACUUCUAAGGCAUUUGUACCGUCAUUCAUGGAAGAAUGGCUCUUCUACCAGGUUACCUUCGCUUGACCAGCUAAACGUUCAAACAGUUCAAUAAUUGAAAACAGCAGCAGCAGCUAUAGCAGUAGUCCGAAAAAAGACUCAAAGCUAAUAAGAUGACGACGCCGACGACAAAAACAACAACAACAUUCAUUAGAAAAAUCCAAACCAAAAACAGCACAAUUUGAUGAACAUCUCCGUAUAAUAAAUUACGGAAAUUAUUAUAUUUUAUUGGUAGAUCUUAGUAUUAAAGUAUUAUUUCAUUUAUAAUCUACAUAAAGCUUAACCCAGUUGACUAUUUAAAAAAAAAAGUCGCAUUUAAUUUCAAUUUAAAAAUAUUAACACAGUUAGAAAAGCCAAAUGAUACAAGAAAAAAAACAUUGUCUAUAAUUUCAAAAAUUAUAUAUUUCUGUGUGAGCCCGCCAAAGAGGCUAAAUUGCCGAACUUAUGUAUGUAAAAUUAAGUAGUACAAGUUAGAAGUUAAUAUUGUUUAUUUUUCUUUUUUUUUUUGUUUUGUUUAAUAUUUAGCUAAACAUUUAAAGUAUAUAUUUUUUCAUUGUUUCAGUUGAAGUUAUGGUAUUUUAAAACAAGAAUUAUAUUUUAGCUAUUUUAUUGUUCCUUUUACGUAGAGUUAUGAACUAAAAAUCAAACGAUGUGUCAUAAUAUAUAAUUUAUUUAUGUAAGUUUAAUUCAAGAUAACAAAACAAACAAAGAAAAAACUAAUAAACCAACCAUUGGACCUGUCGUAAGCGUCAAA